AUGUCUACUACUAUGUUAUCUACUAGAAACGCGCUAGCGCGCGGUUUGCUACGCACCAGCGGCGGUGCCGCUGGUGCUUCAAGAAACAACUUGUUGUUGUCUCUUGUUGCAUCUCGUUAUUACAGUAACGGUGAAAAAACGUUGAAGCAAAGGUUUGCUGAAAUUUUCCCAGAAAAGGCCGAAGAAAUUAAGCGCCUAAAGAAGGAACACGGUAAAACCGUAAUUGGUGAAGUGUUGUUGGAACAAGCUUACGGUGGUAUGCGUGGUAUCAAGGGUCUUGUUUGGGAAGGUUCCGUUUUGGACCCAGAAGAAGGUAUUAGAUUCAGAGGUCGUACCAUUCCAGAUAUCCAAAAGGAAUUGCCAAAGGCAGCCGAUGGUGAAGAACCAUUGCCAGAAGCUAUCUUUUGGUUGCUUUUGACCGGUGAAGUUCCAACUGAAACUCAAGUUAAGGCUUUGUCAGCAGAUUUGGCUUCUAGAUCUGAGUUGCCAGCUCAUGUUGAGUCUCUAUUGGAUAACUUACCAAAGGAUUUGCAUCCAAUGGCUCAAUUCUCGAUGGCAGUUACUGCAUUGGAAUCAGAAUCCAAAUUUGCCAAGGCUUACGCUCAAGGUGUUUCUAAGAAGGAUUACUGGAACUAUACUUUUGAAGAUUCUUUGGAUCUAUUGGGUAAGUUGCCAGUUAUCGCCUCCAAGAUUUACCGUAACGUUUUCAAAGACGGUAAGAUCACUUCCAUUGAUCAAAACGCCGAUUACGGUAAGAACUUGGCCCAUCUAUUGGGUUACCAAAACAAAGAGUUUGUCGACUUGAUGAGAUUGUACUUGACCAUCCAUUCUGACCAUGAAGGUGGUAACGUUUCAGCUCACACUACCCAUUUGGUUGGUUCUGCAUUGUCCUCUCCAUAUUUAUCCUUGUCCGCUGGUUUGAACGGGUUGGCUGGUCCAUUGCACGGACGUGCAAACCAAGAAGUCUUGGAAUGGUUGUUCAAGUUGAGAGAGGAAGUUAAGGGAGAUUACUCUCCAGCUACCAUCGAGAAAUACUUGUGGGAUACUUUAAACUCUGGUCGUGUUGUUCCAGGUUAUGGUCACGCCGUCUUGAGAAAGACUGAUCCACGUUACACUGCUCAACGUGAAUUCGCUUUGAAACAUUUCCCAGAUUACGAAUUGUUCAAAUUGGUUUCUACCAUCUACGAAGUCGCUCCAAAAGUCUUGACCAAGCACGGUAAGACCAAGAACCCAUGGCCAAAUGUGGACUCCCACUCUGGUGUCCUAUUGCAAUACUACGGUUUGACUGAAGCUUCAUUCUACACAGUUCUAUUCGGUGUUGCUAGAGCUUUCGGUGUCUUGCCUCAAUUGAUCAUCGACAGAGCCGUUGGUCAACCAAUCGAAAGACCAAAGUCCUUCUCCACCGAAAAGUACAUCGAACUAGUUCAAUCCAUCAACGCUAAGAAAUAG